UCUCUAAUGCUUGUUGCUUGCGUGCACACACAGCAGAUUGCUGUUUGUCCACUGCUGUACUUGCUGCUCCAGUUGGGUUGUGAUACAGUGUUCGACAACCCAGGUGCAGUGUUGUCGGCAAACUAGCAUCGCCAUGAGAAGACGAGGAGUUGGCGUGGGUGCGGUGAAGCGCAAAGAGAAGAACAAAGAGGCGUUUGAGGCGGUCGGCAAGAGAGUUGCGGAGGAGAACCUCAGCCACAUAUCCGGCAUGAUGGCAACCUUCAAGGGUAGCCUGGAGGAGUUCGCACGGAAAUACAAGAAGGACAUCAACCAGGACCCCGCUUUUCGACAGCAGUUUCAAGUCAUGUGUGCCAGCAUCGGUGUGGACCCUCUGGCAUCGAACAAGGGCUUUUGGGCUGAGGUACUUGGCGUCGGCGAUUUCUACUACGAACUUGCGGUGCAGAUUGUGGAGGUUUGCCUCGCGACCAGAUCUGUGAACGGGGGGCUUAUGGCGUUGCCGGAGCUACUGCAACGCCUCCGAGCGAAAGGAAACCGAAAAAAACGCCAAGAAAUCUCCGCAGAUGAUGUCCGAAGAGCGACGUCGAAGCUGCAGGUUCUCGGGAGCGGCUUUGCGCUGCUCGAGAUCGGGAAGACCACCAUGGUCGUAUCGGUCCCUCGCGAGCUGAGCUCCGACCACUCGGCGGUGCUUCUUUUGGCGGAGGCUUCUGGUCGCAUCACCGAAGCGGACAUCUCGGAAGAGUUGCAGUGGGAGGGGGGCCGCCCGCGGAGGGUGCUAGACGAGCUCAUGCAGGAAGGGAUGGCGUGGGUGGACGGCGAUGGGGCAGGACCCGCGAUGGGCGGCGGAGGAGGCCGUCCGGCGUACUUCUUCCCCAGUCUCUGGCACGGCGAGAGGUUGCUGGACGAGGGCGUCGGCGAUGGAUAGAACAAAUCUGCCAUAUUCUGUUGGCGCAAAGCGGUGUAGCUCGGAGAGUAACCGUUGGCCGGCUUGGAGCGUGCGGCCUUAUCCCCCGUCUAUCGCAUCGGUACAUAGCACGCCAGGACACUAUCCAGCGGGUUAUCGGACGUGCAUUGCAGCCGAGGUGGCACAGCUAGACAUGCGUUGAACGGAUUUUGUUGUCUCGUUCAGGUGCACGUGAGGACGACACGUCAUUGGUAUGUCGCGAGUGGACUUUAGGCGCACCCGUUGCUGACCUGUUGCGCCUUGUUCUCGUAAGUACGCACAUUCUCAGAUGGCAGUAUUUCGGGCCUACACCUCGCGUGUCUGUAGGUCCUAAGUGCGUCUCAGCGGUGGCAGAUCGAGGUGUAAGUCUUGGUGUUGCCACCGUGCGGUGGGAUCUUGCCUUUUUUAUCCUUCACUUUUCUGUCAUUAUAUCCAUCAUUCCGGGCACCAGUCUACAAGUUCGCCAUAUGCUUGACCCCCAGCCGGGGUCACGCAGGAGAAUUUACGAUAUUUCCUUCUGCAGUGCUUGCUCUUGCCUUCAAUUCGAUCGCGAGCAUAGUUAGCGAUAUCUCUUCUUGUUUUUCCCCGAAUGUAAAUUGGGGUCUCAGUCAGCAAUACUAGGAAGCUCGAGAGAUUUUGUGACGUGAUGUGACGUGAUGUGAUGUGACAGAAAAACCUUCUUGAACAUAACAGAAUUUCUCUUUAACCGAAAUGAACUUUCACAAGCUCUUCAUUUUUUGUCUCCC